ACUUGAUUGAGGUCGAAGCUCUGCCUUUGUUCGCGAUCCGAACGAUGACCGCGCGACGCUUUAUCUUCGAGCUCUCACGAUCAGGACAAAGUGACGUGUCCCCAGGGCUAUGACAAGGAUGUCUGAACGUAUGGCCCUUUGUUCAACCGGCUCGAGACGCGUCCGUGAGACAAAGGGAGCAUGGUCGACCAAAACACAAUGGCUUCGACAUGACCGCUACAAGAGCUCGUGAACCGUAUGAGCUUUCGCAGCUCCGUGCAACUGUUUACUACCACUUCGACCCCUCUACUGCUUCACACAGGAGCGGCUGGUCCCUCCUACACGCCUCGGCGAUUUUUUCAUCGCCCAGCAUUUCUGCCAGCACGCGCAGGCCCCCUGUACCGGCUCAAGCGACAUGCUCCUGACGCCUACCGCUGUUGCCUUUGUGGCGCUCAACGCCCUUCGUAUCCUUUCCGUCGUCUCGCUGAUUCUCGUUUUUGCCUCCACGAUUGAAUCGAUGAUCCUCGACGGUCGUGAGGUGGCUCUGGCCCAGCCUGACGAUUACGAGGACUGCGACUACCUCCCCGGGACGGACGUGCCUACGCACGCCUGGGGCUUGUUUUGGGCACAUCUCGAUCGUACCUUCAUCCUUAUUUUGUGCCUGAUCGGCGUACUGAGCGAGAUCAAUUGGGGUGGGAUCUGCGAGCGGGGCUUUCAGCAUUGCCUUCCCAUCUUUAGCUUCGCUUUCGGCCUGGCGCCGCUUGGCUGUUUGCAGAUGAUGAUUGGAACCAACCUCCUCUCGCAAUACCUCGACUCCUUUCCUCUGGUCACCUCUUGGCUUCUCUCCUUCGUCGGUCUAGUCAAUCUCCUCGUCGGGCUCAUCUUCGCCAGGCGAGGCAAAGUGUGGCGCUGCCUGUCCAUCAAAGAUCGUCAUGGCUGGACAGGCCCGAGCGGCAUGACUCAGAUGAUUGAUGGGCAGGAAUAUCCGACCGAGAAGGAAGGAGGCUCGAGCGGUCCACCCUUCUACCGUCAUCUCAAUCGUGCCACAAGUCAGCUCGGCGGCGGCGCAGGCGCGCAGCCUGUGCGAAGCAUCUCGCAGGCUUUUGCUGCUGUCAGAGCGGCCAAAAAGGGUCGCAACCAAGCUCAGGGCGCACCGGCUCAUCAGCAGGACCUUUCCCCAUCGUACGAAGAAGUUUUGAGGGCGCAGGCACGCGAGGCAAAUGAGCGUAGCGAGCGGGACUACUUUGGCUCCCAACUACGCCAUGGUGUCAAGGGCAACGACCUUGCCGCAGACUUGGAAAGUGGACGAGUUCUCUCUGGCGCCUUCGUCUACGACAGUGAGGCCGGGCACAAUAUCGCGCUCGGUCGCCCACCCUCCAGAGGGACCGACACUUCCGACAACGUCGCCGUGCGCUCAUUUGGCACGGGGAGCUCGACUACCGCGUAUGGCACCACGUCGAGAAUGACCUCAAAGCGCCAAGGGAAGCAGCGUGCCGUCCCAACCGCCGCAGGCUAUCCCCGCUCGCCAUCCUCCCUUUCGCUUGCCUUCAAGCGCCGUUCCCUCGCACUGGCCAAGGCUGCACGUAGAAGGCUCAGCUCCAGCUCCCCAAGCGCAGCCUCCUCUGCCCAGCGUCGCUACCAGCGCAAAGCUGCGCCCGAAAUGCCUAGCUUGAGGCAACGUCGCCUUGCUCUAGCUGCUGUCCGCCAGGCGGAGCGUGAGCGUGACCAGCUUCGACGUCUGGCCAAUGAGCUUCGACUUCCCAGCUCGGCCAAGCCGGGCGGCCGUACCGACACUAGCUUCCUCUCGCCCACCAGCGAGUAUGGACCGAGCGCUGCACCGCCAGCGACAGGAACGGCCAACGCUCCAACAACCAUCUACUCGCCCGGUCAAUCGACGACAGGCCUGACCUCGAUCUCGCGGGCACAACGUCGUUUCGGGCGGGACUCAGAAGGGGCUUACUCACGCUACGAGGCUUGGUACGAUGCAGCUACUGUUGAGCCUCCCGCAGCCAGCAGGCCAAGCUUGGAGCAGCCCUUGCCCGCCUAUCAGCCUUCCGUCGCCGGGUCGCAGAGAGAGAGGGCGCUGAGGGGUGGAGAGGAUCUAGGAUUUGGAGCUGGGCGACUGCCCGUGGCUGCUAGAUAUGAAAGUGAAUGGGUCGAGAAGUUGAGAUCCUAGUGCGAUCACUUUGCUUCAGUCCGUCGAUCGUAUGCUACCCUGUCUUGGCCAUCUAUUCGUCUUGGCCCAUCUCAUCUAUAUCUCUUGCUCCACCUAGAUCGUCGUAAGCUUGGCCUCUUCCUCCUUCUUCACCUCCUCGCCCUCAUUACUCC